UUUAGUUUCUCGCAUUUUAAUUAAGAACCCAACAUUCAUGCUUGAAAAUGAUGAUGAUAUUUUGUUGUAAGAGAUCGCAAGUUGUCAAACCAACGAAGAUAUUCAGCACCUGGUUGAUUCCCAGUGUUUAGACAUCAUUGGGAAUUCAAUAUAGGAUCAAAUAACCUUAUCUCAUAAAUAGUUGUUUCGAGUGAUUAGGUUAUUUAGAGAAAACCUAAACUCAAAGCCACUCCUGUCAUACGAUCAAAGGGCGAAAUCCCAAUAGGCCAUUGCAUUCCAAUAGCAGAAUUGCAUAAUGCAAUAUCAAUUAUAAUUGGAGUAGAACAGGGUCAAUCAGUUGUAAUUGGAGAAUGAGAUGAUGAAAUUGCAAUUAAAAAUAUAUGAAGGAGACCUAGAAAUUCUGAGGCAGUAAAAUUUUGAAGACAUCAAAAAGAUAGAAAAUCAACUAGUUAAAACUCUUAAAUAAAUUUCGUUAUACAAAGAUUCUAUGAUAUAAAAAAAUUGUGUGAUUUGCAUGCAAAAAGAAUACUCCAUGAUCAUUAGCCCAUGUGGACACAUUUGCGUUUGUGAGGAUUGCUCAAAAUAAAUUAAUCAAUGUCCUAUCGAUCGAGAAAAAAUUACUAAGAUGUAGAAAGCUUACUUGUCAUGAUAAAUGAAUAAUC